UCAAAAUGGCAGACGACGCAAAGAACGCAUUGGCUUUAUUGAAUGGUCUUGCUAGAAGAGAUUAUUACGGUCACAAAGACAUUACAAACGAAUUUUUAAAGCAGGAAAUAUUUCCUGAUAUGCAAGACGAUGAAUUUAACAAUUUAGUUUUGAAAUUUAACCAAAUCAUGAAGAGUUUGGUAUCGGCCGAUAUGGAUAUGACACAACUUGAAGCAUUCCUGACUGCUCAGAUGAGAAAAAAAGAAGGUGCUCUAAGUGAAAUUUAUGCCAAUGUUUUUCGAAAAUUUUGGAAAACCCACAGAACUAAAAUUCAUGAAAGCAUCAUUGCUCAAACAACAUGGGGAGACACACUGCAGAAAGUGGCAUGGCGGAUUGAUCUAAAAUCUCAGGCUCGUCAUGUUGAUGAGAUAAACACCCCUGUGGCGAUUAUGGAGUUACAUGUUGGCAACAGUCAGCAAAAAGAAAAGGCUGAAGAUGUGUUGCGGUUUGAGAUGGAUGAAAAUAGACUUGCAUCAGUUCUGUCAAGUAUGCGUGAAAUAGAAGAACAAAUAAACAACUAUAUUCAGAAAUAGCAAUAGACUUUAAAAUUUCAAAAACAAUUUGCAUGGAAAAGGACACAUACACUGUGCUGAAAUAUGUCUUAACAAAUGGUGGAUAUAAUAAAAAAAUAUGUGUAGCUGUUCACAUUGUGGAUUUGCACCAUAUUUCCAUCACUCAACAUUUUUUUCAUCCAGUUGAGGAUGAAAAAAAUGUUUCAGAUUUUGAAUGUUUAUUCAUUUAAGUUUAUAACUGCAAUUGCUGCCUUUGGCUGGUCAUUGACAUAAUAUAACCAAAGGCAGUUAAAUCAUUUUUAUCUUUAUUUUAUAUGCAAGUAUUGAAAGCAGUGAUAAAAUUUUAUGUAUAUAUUCCAUUGUAUCAUUAUUGUGUGUAACCUCUACUAGUAUGUCAAAAUAUAUACAUGUAUAUAUUAUAUAUAUUGUAAUAAAUUUUGAAAACAAAAA